AUGUCAAGGAAUUUCUACUCAAAUUGAGAGGAACCUGCACAAUGGGGAUCUCCACGGUCAUCAUCCAUAUAUGUCUCUUAUGGGGUCAAUUUCUUUCUACAGCUUCUGAAGCAAGAUAUUACACACCUGAGCUGACCACUCCAGAGCCUUAUACCACUCCAGAGACUACCACCACUCCAGAGCCCACCACCACUCCAGAGCCUACCACCACCCCAGAGCCUACCACCACUCCAGAGCCUACCACCACUCCAGAGCCUACCACCACUCCAGAGCCUACCACCACUCCAGAGCCUACCACCACUCCAGAGCCCACCACCACUCCAGAGCCCACCACCACUCCAGAGCCCACCACCACUCCAGAGCCCACCACCACUCCAGAGCCUACCACCACUCCAGAGCCUUAUACACCAAUAGGAACAGAGUCUCCUUUGGCUGUGAGGCUGGUGAAUGGAGGAGACAGAUGUCAGGGUCGUGUGGAGGUCCUUUACCAGGGUUCCUGGGGCACCGUGUGUGACGACAGCUGGGACACCAAUGAUGCCAACGUGGUGUGCAGACAGCUGGGCUGUGGCUGGGCGGUGUCUGCCCCUGGAAGUGCCUGGUUUGGACAGGGCUCAGGGCCCAUUGUCCUGGAUGAUGUGGCCUGUACUGGACAUGAGUACUACCUGUGGAGCUGCUCCCACCGAGGCUGGCUCUCCCAUAACUGUGGACACCAUGAGGACGCUGGAGUCAUCUGCUCAGCUUCUCAAGCAAGCUAUCCCACACCUGAGCUGACCACUCCAGAGCCUACCACCACUCCAGAGCCUACCACCACUCCAGAGCCUUAUCCACCAAUAGGAACAGAGUCUCCUUUGGCUGUGAGGCUGGUGAAUGGAGGAGACAGAUGUCAGGGUCGUGUGGAGGUCCUUUACCAGGGUUCCUGGGGCACCGUGUGUGAUGACAGCUGGGACACCAAUGAUGCCAACGUGGUGUGCAGGCAGCUGGGCUGUGGCUGGGCGGUGUCUGCCCCUGGAAGUGCCCGGUUUGGACAGGGCUCAGGGCCCAUUGUCCUGGAUGAUGUGGCCUGCACAGGACAUGAGUACUACCUGUGGAGCUGCUCCCACCGAGGCUGGCUCUCCCAUAACUGUGGACACCAUGAGGAUGCUGGAGUCAUCUGCUCAGCUUCUCAAGCAAGCUAUCCCACACCUGAGCUGACCACUCCAGAGCCUUACACCACCCCAGAGCCUACCACCACUCCAGAGACUUAUCCACCAAUAGGAACAGAGUCUCCUUUGGCUGUGAGGCUGGUGAAUGGAGGAGACAGGUGUCAGGGUCGUGUGGAGGUCCUUUACCAGGGUUCCUGGGGCACCGUGUGUGAUGACAGCUGGGACACCAAUGAUGCCAACGUGGUGUGCAGGCAGCUGGGCUGUGGCUGGGCGGUGUCUGCUCCUGGAAGUGCCCGGUUUGGACAGGGCUCAGGGCCCAUUGUCCUGGAUGAUGUGGCCUGUACUGGACAUGAGUACUACCUGUGGAGCUGCUCCCACCGAGGCUGGCUCUCCCAUAACUGUGGACACCAUGAGGACGCUGGAGUCAUCUGCUCAGCUUCUCAAGCAAGCUAUACCACACCUGAGCUGACCACUCCAGAGCCUACCACCACUCCAGAGCCUACCACCACUCCAGAGCCUACCACCACUCCAGAGCCUUAUCCACCAAUAGGAACAGAGUCUCCUUUGGCUGUGAGGCUGGUGAAUGGAGGAGACAGGUGUCAGGGUCGUGUGGAGGUCCUUUACCAGGGUUCCUGGGGCACCGUGUGUGAUGACAGCUGGGACACCAAUGAUGCCAACGUGGUGUGCAGGCAGCUGGGCUGUGGCUGGGCGGUGUCUGCUCCUGGAAGUGCCCGGUUUGGACAGGGCUCAGGGCCCAUUGUCCUGGAUGAUGUGGCCUGUACUGGACAUGAGUACUACCUGUGGAGCUGCUCCCACCGAGGCUGGCUCUCCCAUAACUGUGGACACCAUGAGGACGCUGGAGUCAUCUGCUCAGCUUCUCAAGCAAGCUAUACCACACCUGAGCUGACCACUCCAGAGCCUACCACCACUCCAGAGCCUACCACCACUCCAGAGCCUUAUCCACCAAUAGGAACAGAGUCUCCUUUGGCUGUGAGGCUGGUGAAUGGAGGAGACAGGUGUCAGGGUCGUGUGGAGGUCCUUUACCAGGGUUCCUGGGGCACCGUGUGUGAUGACAGCUGGGACACCAAUGAUGCCAACGUGGUGUGCAGGCAGCUGGGCUGUGGCUGGGCGGUGUCUGCUCCUGGAAGUGCCCGGUUUGGACAGGGCUCAGGGCCCAUUGUCCUGGAUGAUGUGGCCUGUACUGGACAUGAGUACUACCUGUGGAGCUGCUCCCACCGAGGCUGGCUCUCCCAUAACUGUGGACACCAUGAGGACGCUGGAGUCAUCUGCUCAGCUUCUCAAGCAAGCUAUACCACACCUGAGCUGACCACUCCAGAGCCUACCACCACUCCAGAGCCUACCACCACUCCAGAGCCUUAUCCACCAAUAGGAACAGAGUCUCCUUUGGCUGUGAGGCUGGUGAAUGGAGGAGACAGAUGUCAGGGUCGUGUGGAGGUCCUUUACCAGGGUUCCUGGGGCACCGUGUGCGAUGACAGCUGGGACACCAAUGAUGCCAACGUGGUGUGCAGGCAGCUGGGCUGUGGCUGGGCAGUGUCUGCCCCUGGAAGUGCCCGGUUUGGACAGGGCUCAGGGCCCAUUGUCCUGGAUGAUGUGGCCUGUACUGGACAUGAGUACUACCUGUGGAGUUGCUCCCACCGAGGCUGGCUCUCCCAUAACUGUGGACACCAUGAGGACGCUGGAGUCAUCUGCUCAGCUUCUCAAGCAAGCUAUCCCACACCUGAGCUGACCACUCCAGAGCCUUACACCACCCCAGAGCCUACCACCACUCCAGAGCCUUAUCCACCAAUAGGAACAGAGUCUCCUUUGGCUGUGAGGCUGGUGAAUGGAGGAGACAGGUGUCAGGGUCGCGUGGAGGUCCUUUACCAGGGUUCCUGGGGCACCGUGUGUGACGACAGCUGGGACACCAAUGAUGCCAACGUGGUGUGCAGGCAGCUGGGCUGUGGUUGGGCAGUGUCUGCCCCUGGAAGUGCCCGGUUUGGACAGGGCUCAGGGCCCAUUGUCCUGGAUGAUGUGGCCUGUACUGGACAUGAGUACUACCUGUGGAGCUGCUCCCACCGAGGCUGGCUCUCCCAUAACUGUGGACACCAUGAGGACGCUGGAGUCAUCUGCUCAGCUUCUCAAGCAAGUUACACCACACCUGAGCCUUAUACCACUCCAGAGCCUACCACCACUCCAGAUACUACUAUAAUAAUAGAUUGGUGGGAUACAACCACUCCUUUCCCUGAUUGGUGGGAUACAACAACUUCUUCCCCUGACUACAACUGCGGAGGUCUCCUGGACAGGCACUAUGGGAACUUUUCCAGUCCAUUCUACCCUGGGAAUUAUCCCAACAAUGCUAGAUGUGUGUGGAACAUUUUGGUCCCAACCAACAACCGUGUGACUCUGACCUUCAGAGAUGUGCAGCUUGAAGGAGGCUGCAGCUAUGAUUAUAUCCUGCUUUUUGAUGGCCCUCAAUACGAUUCCUCCCUCAUUGCUCGGGUUUGUGAUGGGGCCAAUGGAUCUUUCACCUCAACAAGGAACUACAUGUCCGUAGUCUUCAUCACUGAUGGCAGUGUCACCAGGAGAGGGUUCCAGGCUGACUACAUCGCUACCUUUGUCCCUGCCACCACUUUUCCAUCGCCAUUCCCGACCAUCCCUGAUUGGUGGAAUACAACAUAUCCUUCCUAUGUAAAUGAGUCUUCACUGGUGCUGAGGUUGGCCAAUGGAGGAAACCGCUGUCAGGGCCGAGUGGAAAUCCUGUAUGAAGGUUCUUGGGGCACCGUGUGUGAUGACAGCUGGGACAUCAAUGAUGCCAAUGUGGUGUGCAGACAGGUUGGCUGUGGCCCGGCUCUGUCGGCCCCAGGAAAUGCUCGGUUUGGUCAGGGCUCAGGGCCCAUACUCCUAGAUGAUGUGGCCUGCUCAGGGUAUGAGUCUCACCUGUGGUACUGUCGUCACAGUGGCUGGCUUGUCCAUAACUGUGCCCAUCCUGAAGAUGCCGGAGUCAUCUGCUCAUUCCCCGAGCCGACAUCCACUCCCAGUCCAGUUUGGUGGACAACAACAACUCCUUCCUAUGUAAACUACACCUGUGGAGGUUUCCUGACCCAACCUUUUGGGAACUUUUCCAGUCCAUUCUACCCCAGGAACUACCCUAACAAUGCCAGAUGUGUGUGGAACAUUGAGGUCCCAAACAACUACCGUGUGACUGUGGUCUUCAGAGAUGUGCAGCUUGAAGGGGGCUGCAGCUAUGAUUAUAUUGAGAUUUUCGAUGGCCCCCACCACAGUUCUCCUCUCAUUGCUCGGGUUUGUGAUGGGGCCAUGGGCUCUUUCACUUCCACAUCCAACUUCAUGUCGGUUCGCUUCAUCACUGAUCACAGUGUUACCCGAAGAGGGUUCCAGGCUCAGUACUACUCGGUCUAUGCCAACAACAUCACCAGUCUCCUUUGUUUGUCAAAUCACAUGCAAGCCAGUGUGAGCAGGGACUACCUUCAGUCCAUGGGCUAUUCUGCCAGGGAUCUUGUCAUUCCUGGUUGGAAUGCAAGUUACCAGUGUCAGCCCCAGAUAACACAGAGGCAGGUCAUAUUCACAAUUCCCUACACAGGCUGUGGCACUACCAAACAGACUGACAAUGAGACCAUCAACUACUCCAACUUCCUCAAAGCAGCUGUUUCGAAUGGCAUCAUCAAAAGGAAAAAGGACCUCCACAUCCAUGUCAGCUGCAAGAUGCUUCAGAACACCUGGAUCAAUACUGUGUACAUCACCAACAACACCGUCGAGAUCCAAGAAGUCCAGUACGGCAAUUUUGAUGUGAAUGUUUCCUUUUAUACAUCCUCCUCCUUCUUGUAUCCAGUGACCAGCAGCCCAUACUAUGUGGAUCUGGACCAAAACUUGUACCUUCAGGCUGAAAUUCUCCAUUCUGAUGCCUCCUUGGCCUUGUUUGUGGACACCUGUGUGGCUUCACCAUACCCCAAUGACUUCUCAUCUUUGACAUAUGAUCUCAUCCGGAGUGGAUGCGUAAGAGAUGAAACUUACCGAACCUACUCCUCACCGUCACCGCGCAUUACCCGCUUCAAAUUCAGUUCCUUCCACUUCCUGAACCGCUUCCCUUCAGUGUACCUGCAGUGUAAACUGGUGGUGUGCAGAGCAUACGAUGCCUCGUCCCGGUGCUACCGGGGCUGCGUGGUGAGGUCCAAGAGGGACACGGGUUCCUAUCAGGAGAAGGUGGACGUUGUCCUGGGACCCAUCCAGUUGCAAUCCCCCAGCAAAGACAGGAGGAGCCUGGACUUGGCAGUGAAGGAUGUGGAGAAACCAGCUCCAGCUAGCUCCCAGGCAGCCUACCCUACCGCUGCCAUCUUUGGUGGAAUCUUCCUGGCACUGGUCCUAGCUGUGGCAGCGUUCACACUUGGAAGGAGGACACGCAUUGCCCGUGGCCAGCCUCCGAGCACUAAGAUGUGAAGCAAAGCACACCCAGGCAUUGGCUCCACGUGCACCGAUUCCCAGAAAAGAUGGAAGGCAUGAGCGCGUGAGACUCGGCAACCGGACACACCGUGGCUAGGUUUCCCUUAGCACAAAUGCAUGCAUGGCAAAGUAUGAUGAGAUGGCAGAGAAGAAAGGUGUGGGCCAAGUUUUCCCAGGGUCUGCGGGCUGAAGACGGGGAGGAAUGUCAUAGGAAAAUGAGAUCCCUGUCUACAACCCCACACGACCUUGAGCCAAACAUUGGAGCAGCAAUGUUUUUUUUAGAUAGUUUUCCUUUUCACGUUUUUUAUAGCUGACUUUCUCAACCUGUAGUGCCAACCUUAAUCUGUCCUCACGACGAGGCAAGCUAAAUAAAGACUCUUUCUCAAGGCAA